GAUUUCAACCUCGGUCUCAGCUGUAGAAAUUUCUUUUUUAUAAGUAAUCGCAGAGGACUCUAGAAUUAUAGAAAAAUGGAAACUGAAGCAAAGAAGAAACAAAUAAGAUUCCAGUCUCCAGUUGUAGCUGCUGAAGUUACUGCAGUUUCAACUGUUGAAGCCACAAAAGUUCUUAAAGUGGAUGUGGACCUGGAGGCAGCGUCGGGGGAGCAGCCCUCGGAGGCGGCAGACGUGAAGCCAGACAAGGUGGAGGACGGGUCGGACGAGGGCUUCGACAGCUCGCGCCAUCUCGACACCAGCGCCAGCUCCACGCCCGACCUCUCGCAGAAGACAGAUGAGGGAGAGGACAAGAAGCAAGCCAAAAAGGAGUAUGAUGACAAAGACAAUUUGCUGCCGACCAUAUCUGAAGAUCCGGAUGAUGAAGUGUGCAUCAUCGGCUGCAGUCCAGCGCCUCAGCGGCCUCGGAAACGGGGGGGCGUGUCUCGCAGUCCUGCUCUCGCCAGGAAGCCUCGCAAGGGACUGCCGUGGUCCCCGCCCGGCAGCUCGGGCUCCCGGCAGCUGUCGCAGGCCAGCGACGACUCCAAGGCCAGUGUCGACCAGGAGAAGGUGUCCAUCGUGGUGCGCUACGACUACUGCGAGAAGGGCCACCCGCCCUCCCAGGGCAGCCUCAAGGGCCACGAGGGGGAGCGGCUGGCCUGCUGCGUGCUGCCGUCGCCCCCCCGGGACCGAGACCUGCGCCAGUGCGUGCAGUGGGUCUACAGCCACUGGAACGACCAGGGCACGUGGAUCGAGUGCUGUGACCCCAGGUGCCGCAAGUGGCGGUUCGUGCCGUCCGUCAGCGACCCCUCCGAGGUGCCCGCCUACUGGACCUGCUCCAUGAACACAGGCCGGGACCACACGAGCUGCGCCGACCCCGAGAGGCGCGCCACGCCCGCGGAGGAGGUGGACCUCAUCAGCAACACCUUCACGGCCGGCUCGCUGGUGUGGGCGCGCCAGACGGGCUACCCCUGGUGGCCCUCCAUGGUGGACUACGACCCCGACUACCUCACCUACUUCGAGACGGGCCGCAACCCCGACGUGCCGGUGCGGUACCACGUCACCUUCCUCGACCCCCUGGCCGAGGUGACGCGCUGCUGGGUCAAGCACUCCGCCCUCAAGCCCUUCCAGACCAACAUCCAGCUCAAGUACUGGAUGAAACUGCAGAGGAGCGUCGGCAAGUUCGUGAAGAGGAUAGAAGCCGCCAAGCAACACGCGAUCGGUGCGAUCGGCUGGACUCUGAAGAAGCGCUUGGAAACGUUUGGCUUCGUGAUACGUUACCGCGGCGUCAUACACAGCCAGCUGCAGGACUGGAAGGACAAGCAGGAGCUGCCUGCCUCGUACGAGGGCUUGCCGCUCGUGUCCCAGGACAGCGACGCGGACCACAGCGGCUCGGAGGACAUCUUCCUCACCCGGAUAGCGUCUGCCAGCCAGAACUCCCAGUCAUCUUCACGCACGAGAGGCGUGGUGCCCCGCAAGACCGGCAGAAAGUCCACGGAGAAGGAAACACAGCUGCCUGACAAAGACAAAAAUUUGAGCCAGGGUAGUGUCUCUUCUCAAAAAAAGGGCAGCCAGUCACAGAAACUGAGUGCUUCUUCAAGCACACACAAAAAAAUAAGUCAAGAAAGCAGCUCUUCACAGAAAACUAACAGCCGAACUGACAAACAGAAAGAGUCUUCUGUUAAACCCGGAAAUAUGAUCCAAGAUAGUAGCACUUCAUGCAAAAUUGAUGGCCAAGCAAAGAAACGGAGUAAAACUUCUAAACGAAACGAUUUGAAUAAAGAUACACAUUCUAUUGCAAAAGAUGACAUUCAGCUCCAGAAGUCAAGCGAGUCUUUACACAAAUGCAAAAAUUUAGACCAGAAUCACAUUUCAGGUCAAGAAAGUAAUAUUAAGUCCAAGAAAGUGGCAAAGUCUUCACGCAAGCGCAAGAUUGUGAGUGAUGAAGGCAUCCUUGUGCAGAAAAAUUUGGGCAAAGAUGGCAUUUCUUCUCAAGAAAGUGAUAUUAAGUCCAAGAAAGUGGCCAAGUCUUCACGCAAGCACAAGAUUGUGAGAGAUGAAGGCAUCCUUGUGCAGAAAAAUUUGGGCAAGGAUGGGAUUUCUUCUCAAGAAAGUGAUAUUAAAUCCAAGAAAGUGACCAAGUCUUCACGCAAACAUAAGGUUGUGAGUGAUGAAGGCAUCUCUGUGGAGAAAAAAUUGGACCAGGAGGGCAUUUUAGCUCAAGAAAGUGAUAUUAAGUCCAAGAAAGUAGCCAAGUCUUCUCAAGAGUACAAAAUCAUAAGUGAUGAAGACGGCUCGGUGGAGAAAAAUUUGGACCAGGAGGCCAUUUCUUCUCAAGAAAGUGAUAUUAAAUCCAAGAAAGUAGCCAAGUCUUCUCAUGAGCACAAAAUCAUUAGUGAUGAAGGCAUCUCUGUGGAGAAAAAUUUGGACCAGGGUAGCAUUUCUUCUCAAGAAAGUGAUAUUAAGUCCAAGAAAGAAGCCAAGUCUUCUCACAAGCACAAAAUCAUAAGUGAUAAAGGCAUCUCUGUGGAGAAAAAUUUGGACCAGGGUAGCAUUUCUUCUCAAGAAAAGGAUAAUAAGUCCAAGAAAGUAGCCAAGUCUUCUCACGAGCACAAAAUCAUAAGUGAUAAAGUCAUCUCUGUGAAGAAAAAUUUGGACCAGGGUGGCAUUUCUUCUCAAGAUAGUGAUAUUAACUCCAAGAAAGUGGCCAAGUCUUCACACAAGCGCAAGAUUGUGAGUGAUGAAGGCAGCUCUCUGAAGAAAAAAUUGGACCAGGAUGGCAUUUCUUCUCAAGAAAGUGAUACUAAGUCCAAGAAAGUAGCCAAGUCUUCUCACGAGCACAAAAUCAUAAGUGAUGAAGGCAUCUCUGUGGAAAAAAAUUUGGACCAGGGUAGCAUUUCUUCUCAAGAAAGUGAUAAUAAGACCAAGAAAGUAGCCAAGUCUUCUCACGAGCACAAAAUCAUAAGUGAUGAAGGCAUCUCUGUGGAGAAAAAUUUGGACCAGGGUAGCAUUUCUUCUCAAGAAAGUGAUAAUAAGUCCAAGAAAGUAGCCAAGUCUUCUCACGAGCACAAAAUCAUAAGUGAUGAAGGCAUCUCCGUGGAGAAAAAUUUGGACCAGGGUAGCAUUUCUUCUCAAGAAAGUGAUAAUAAGUCCAAGAAAGUAGCCAAGUCUUCUCACGAGCACAAAAUCAUAAGUGAUGAAGGCAUCUCCGUGGAGAAAAAUUUGGACCAGGGUAGCAUUUCUUCUCAAGAAAGUGAUAUUAAGUCCAAGAAAGUAGCCAAGUCUUCUCAUGAGCACAAAAUCAUAAGUGAUAAAGUCAUCUCUGUGAAGAAAAAUUUGGACCAGGGUGGCAUUUCUUCUCAAGAUAGUGAUAUUAACUCCAAGAAAGUGGCCAAGUCGUCACACAAGCGCAAGAUUGUGAGUGAUGAAGCCAGCUCUCUGAAGAAAAAUUUGGACCAGGAUGGCAUUUCUUCUCAAAAAAGUGAUAUUAAGUCUAAGAAAGUGGCCAAGUCUUCACACAAGCGCAAGAUUGUGAGUGAUGAAGGCAGCUCUCUGAAGAAAAAAUUGGACCAGGAUGGCAUUUCUUCUCAAGAAAGUGAUACUAAGUCCAAGAAAGUAGCCAAGUCUUCUCAUGAGCACAAUAUCAUAAGUGAUAAAGUCAUCUCUGUUGAGAAAAAUUUGGACAAGGAUGGCAUUUCUUCUCAAGAUGGUGAUAUUAGUUCCAAGAAAGUAGUUAAGUCUUCUCAUGAGCAUAAAAUCAUAAGUGAUGAAGACAGCUCUGUUGAGAAAAAUAUGGACCAGGGUAGCAUUUCUUCUCAAGAAAGUGAUAAUAAGUCCAAGAAAGUAGUUAAGUCUUCUCAUGAGCAUAAAAUCAUAAGUGAUGAAGGCAUCUCUGUGGAGAAAAAUUUGGACCAGGGUGGCAUUUCUUCUCAAGAUAGUGAUAUUAAGUCCAAGAAAGUGGCCAAGUCUUCACACAAGCGCAAGAUUGUGAGUGAAGAUGGCAGCUCUGUGGAGAAAAAUUUGGUCCAGGAUGGAGUUUCUGUCCUAGAAAGUGAUAUUAAGCCCAAGAAAGUGCCCAAGUCUUCAAGCAAGCACAAGAUCAUAAGCGAUGAAGGCAACUCCACGGAGAAAGUGUAACAGUUAAUAAGGAGAGGUUUUUAACAGUUAAGUUGGAAUAACUCUUACAACACAGCAGCAUAUAUAUUAAUUUUUAUUUCCCUGGAAAAAAAGUUAUUAUUUAAAGUUAUACAUAGUUUUGAUAACUAUCCUUUAGUUUUAUAAAUACAGUGUGGUACUGUAUGUGACAUGUCUGUCUUCAGUAGUUCUUAGUACUUCUUUUAACUCGAUAUUUUUAUUAGUUAUGUGAGUGAUACUACCAAAGGUUUGUGAGCCGUACCUGAAAGUGAUGGCGAGAUCUCAUGUUCCAAGACUGACGAUGACAAUGGAAGUGCUUACGGUCGCCCCUGGAACAGGCGUCGCGUCGGGACUGAAAUUUAAGAUUUGGUGGCAAGAGGUCUGCUGCUACUUCUCAAUACGUCUCAAUACGUCUGUCCAGCUUCCGUCCUCCCGCCAUCACAAUGCUGCUUGCGGGCACGCCCCGUGUUGAGCCGUGCCACGCGCAGAGCUCGUCACGUGUUCUUUUCCUGUGUCAGUGCCUUAGCUGCACUGAGGCAGUCGUCAUUGCCACGGGCCAACUUUAAGGGAAUAAAUAACACUUGUGUCUGCGACAUAGGGAUUAAUAUUUUAAAAGCUUUUAUGAUUUAUUACAUGUAAGUUUUAACGACUUAAGCUUUUAAAAUUUUUAAAGAGUUAACAUAAAUUUGAAGAAGAAAAAAUUGUUUUUAAAUUUUUGUUUUGUGCCCGACAACGUGACUUUUGUUACCAUGCUUAAGAAUUUACAUUCUAUUUUUAAGUAAAGUUUUUAGAAACUAUGGUGAAACUUACCCAAAGUUGGGCUGUGCAAUAUUUAACAUGUGGCAUUUUGUGUUAGUGUGUUAGGUAGGUAACUGUUUGUGCCAUGUUGUCAGUCGGUCUUAUAAGUUUGUGUCUGUGUUGUUUUGUUCGUGUGGCUUGAAGAGUGCAGUGGCAUGUUAGCUGGCAUGCAUUUAUUUUCUUGCUGGCUUCUUGUGUUCACGUGUGUGGAAGUACAAGAGCUGUUCUGCUCGUAUCGUCCUCCUGUCUGUUCUCUUCCGCUGGUUGCCGCAUCUCGUACGGCAACAGAGCGGCAGGUCUGUUUGAACCACACAGCUGUGAUUACUACGUGGUUCUGGCAGUAAUUGGAGUCUCUUUUAAAAACUGCUCUCUUUUAAAUUUUAGCCACGAUUUUAUAACAGCAAGAAGGAAAAUUAAAUAUUUUUUUUUAAAUAUAUAUGUUUUAUUUUAGUAAGGACAAGAUUAUAUGGUGAGUUGCGAUAAAACCAAAAUAACACCGCAAAGCAUUACAAUUCAACAUUUAACACUGAAGUGCAAGCUAAUAUACCGUUUAGCACCAAAAUGUUACUAAAACAUCAAAUCAGUAACCAGUUUUACAAAACUAACUAAAAUUGAAAUAUAUUUUUCUCUUUUAUUAUGGUAUUGUAUGUAAUUUAUUUAGCAUGAAUUUUGUACCAAAAUUAUUUGAACUAAAUGAAAUAGAUAAAUCAGCAUUACAUUAUUUGAUCUUGCGUUUCUUAUUAGUAAUAUUUUUUGUACAUUAAUUGCAUUGGCACAUUUUUCAAACACAAAAAUUUGCAGAUUCAUAUUUAUUUUUCUGAGCAGUUUGUUUAUAGAGAUGCUUAUUACUAAUGAUUUUAUUGUAUAAGUGCAUCAUGUGUCAGUCAAAAUGAGAUCAUUUUGGUAAAAUAAGUAUUAAGAAAUAUUUUAGUUUCAUUUUUGUUGAAUAAUAUACAAAUUUACCAAUUAUGACAAUGUAUAAAAGUAAAAAAAAAAAAAGGGAUUUGAUCUAAAUAUAAAACCAUAAAAUCUUGUCCUUAAUCAUUAGUUCCUUACAUUGCUCUGUGGCAGGAUUUGGGUUAACGGGAAACAGAGAGAGAUAUCCAGUUUUCAGAACACAGUUUCCCACAGUUGGGCAUAAGCGCCGCAGUUAUCUGAGACUCGACUCGCAUGCUUGUAGUCAUUGUUCAUGGCCUUGUGUUUGCAACGCGACUGAUUGAAUACAUCUCAGAUCCUAUGUAUUUUUAUUAUUAAAUUUAAUCAGUCUAUAGCCAAUACCUGCAGAAAUUGCUAAAAUCCUACAGAGAAACAUGUGAUUUUGGGUUUUUAAUAUUGCAUUGUUUUAUUCAUAUUAAUAAAAUUUUAAUAAUAAGAGUGACAAGAAAAUGUUAAAAUUUGAAAAUAUGUUGAACUUUCUAAUGCACUAAUAAACAAUAGAAAAGAAUAUUGAGUGAUUUGAUUGCAGGUUUUUGUUUAACUUACUCUUAUCAAUAUUAUGGAGUAGAAUCAAGGAACCUAGCCCAUCUGCUACUUACUAUUCAAACGUACUAUGUUGAAAAAAGCCAAUACGUAUUAUAUUGUGUUUUUAUCUGUUUGUUUGCUACAUUCAGGCUUAAUAUGUUGUACAUAUUAUGUUAAAAGAACUUAUUUCAAAGCAGUUUUUAACCAAGUGGUUUUUAGAAAUGGAUUUGUUAACUAAGAAUAUUAAAGCAUAACUUGUUGGGAAAUAUUUUUAAAGCACUGCUGAAUGUUUUUAUUUUAGAACUACAUUUGUUGAUAAAUUAUGUUUUUUACUUCUAUUUUUAGUUUUGAUUUGUUUUUAAUUUAUUAGCCUUAUUUGUAUCACAUCGUACAGUCUGUGGUAAUAAAGUAUUAUGUAGUGCAA